CCUUUAGUGAUGAAACAUGUUGUUUCUGAGAACAACUCAGACAAUGCUUCCUACAGCAACACAACAACUUUGGUAUGCAACAAAAUCAUUAUUCCCCAUGAACUCUUUUUGACUAUUGGGCUUCUGAGUCUCCUGGAGAACAUUUUGGUGGUGUUAGCCAUUAUUAAAAACAGGAACCUGCAUUCUCCGAUGUACUAUUUUAUCUGUUGCCUUGCCGUGUCGGACAUGCUGGUGAGCGUCAGCAAUGUGGUGGAAACCAUGUUCAUGCUGCUGAUAGAUCAAGGGGUCCUGGUGGUCACUUUCAACAUCAUCCAAAACAUGGACGACAUCAUUGAUAUGAUGAUCUGCAGCUCUGUGGUGUCCUCUCUCUCGUUCCUGGGUGCCAUCACAGCAGACCGUUACAUCACAAUAUUCUACGCCUUGCGGUACCACAGUAUCAUGACCACUCAGCGGGCUGUGGCCAUCAUUAUAGCCAUCUGGGUGGCCAGCACGCUCUCCAGCACACUUUUUAUCACCUACUACAAGAACAACGCCGUCAUCAUCUGCCUCAUCACUUUCUUCUUGUUCAUGCUCAUCUUGAUAGCAACCAUGUACCUCCACAUGUUCACCCUCGCCCACCUCCAUGCCAAGCGCAUCACUGCCUUCUACAAGAACCGGCGCCAAAACCAGGCCACCAGCAUGAAGGGGGCUGUCACCCUGCUCAUUUUGCUGGGGGUAUUCCUCAUAUGCUGGGGUCCCUUCUUCCUUCACCUAACCCUGAUUGUCACCUGCCCCAAGAACCCACACUGCCUCUGCUUUUUCAACCACUUCAACCUGUUUCUAAUACUGAUAAUCUGCAACUCAUUUAUAGACCCCAUUAUCUAUGCCUUCAGAAGUCAAGAACUUCGAAAGACGCUUAAGGAGUUGCUACUUUGCUCCUGGUAGUUUAUGCUUUGCUCCUGGUAGUUUAUGCUUUGCUCCUGGUAGUUUAUGCUUUGCUCCUGGUAGUUUAUGCUUUGCUCUUGUUGGUUUGCACUGUUUCUUAUGCUUUGCUUGAUAGCAAACACUAAGGAAAUAAGAAAUGUAUUUCUGUUAUAAAACACCUAAAGGCAUAGCUGAUUUGUGUUUCAGGGAUGUGAUUAAAAAAAAAAAAAAAAAAAAAAAAACAAACAGCAUGAAUAACACCUGGGUGUAGUGUGCCUUUAACGGACGGCAGUGCGAUACAUGCAAAGCACUAAGGCAAAUAUUUCUACUGUAGAACGUUAUACAUAAAUAUUGUAUUGGUGUGUGUGUAAUGCACUGCUAUAGUAUUAAUAAAAUGUCCCUUUAUUCCCUUUAUUACAUACAUUUUCAUUCACUAUGUAAAACAUUUCAGUGGCGUUAUUAGGUUCAGUUGAAGAUUAGAUGUCUAUAAUAUUAAUAUCAGCUUUUUAUAUACAGUGCUCCCUCGCAAUAAGCCUCUCGAUUAUAACGCUCCUCGAAUAUAACGCUCCUACAGCAUGUCCCCCAAUUCCCUAUACUAGUGAUUCAAGCAAUAUUUCUACAGUAAAUACAGUACUGGUGUUGUUCAAACUAUAAACAACUUCUCAGUCUAACUUUUGUUUCUGUCAUUCCCUUUUGAAGGCACAGGUGUCGUUGUCCAUCCAUCAACAGUCCAAAGCAUUUCUGUGUUCAUGUGCAUAUUUGAGCCUUUUAGUCUUGUUCCCCUUUCUUAACAGAGGUAUUCUUAUUGCAGCACAUUCUUUAAGUCCAGAUUUCAAGAGUGACCUUUGUACUGUUGAUUUGAUGGACAACAACACCUGUGCCUUCUGUCAGUCCUGUUGUCAAUUCAAUGCUUGUCUUCUUUCUAUUUCUUAAGGAUAUUAUUUUCAAGUAUUGCUCAUCCUUGUUAGACAGCUUUUUGGGUCUUCCAGUCCUGGGUUUGUCAAUUACACAUGGUGUUUCUCUGUACUUGUUGAUUAUGCUAUAUAUAUACAGUAUAUAUAUAUAUUUUUUGAGGCAAUUUAUGGCCUCUUACAAAAGCACAAUUAAAAAGAUUUGUUUCACCUAUGCAAGCUGUAUUUAAAAGAUAAAUUACAUGAAAAUGUAAACUGUCACUGAUAUUCCACCACUUUUGCCUAUAACUCAUUAAAACAAAAACUAAGAAAACUACAAUAAGUUAUUUAUAAGAUACACACUUUAUGUUCCCAUUUUCAAUUGGGAACAUAUUGAAAAGAGAAUCUGAGUGUUUCCAAUAAAAUAAUAGGAAAGAAGAUUUAACUUAAUUAACAGAUAGCAGAAAAUUAUAAUCGUGGGAAGAUUCUAUGGUCAGUCAACAAAGUCUCCAACCCAGGUCCUGGAGAGCUACAGGGUCUUCUGGAUUUCGUUUCAAUCGAUCUCUCAGUUACUUAAUUGAACCAAUUAUUGGCUUAAUUAGUCAAGAUUAACAGGUGUUCCAGAUCUUUAGCCACUGAUGAUGUAAAGACACCAAUGAAACCUGCUGGAUAGGGGCUCUCCAGGACCAGGGUUGGAGACACCUGCUUUAAGUAUUAGUCGACAUUCCUGCUUGGAUAUAUAAUCAACCACUUUUACUAUAUUUCCCAUUUCAUAAUGGAUUUAUUAGGUUGUCUCAAUAAUUCCUUUAUUAAAUAGCUUCUACUCAGUGGCACAUGUACAACUUGAGUAUUACUACUUGUUUUAUUUACUUAGGAGAUUUCUAAUUUGCUAACAGAACUAUAAUGUGAAUCAAUUAAGUUCACCUAGAAGUGUGGGUGAUUAUUCUGAUAGCGAUAACAACAGAGAUGGCAACUGCUUUUUUUUUUUUUUUACAAUAUUGUGAUGUUUUUCAAAAUGUUCUUUAUCAAGUCAAAUACUACUGUAUAUUCACAUAGUUGUCAUUGCGCUGUGUGGCAGGGCUUCUGCCCUGCUGCUGUAAAUAGUGGGUGUGUGAGAAUGUAAGGUUGGCAGGAAUCACAGGUGUGGCCAUUCCCCAAUUAGCAUCAAUUACCAAAUAUGAGACAUGAACAAGUAUUUGGAGCUUUGGUACUAAAAGAAAGCUCAGAUGGAAAUUGUAUUUAUGUAUAUAUUUAGUUACAUAUGUUAUAACAAGUGUUAUAUAUUUUUAAAAAAACUGGAUUAUUCUAUAAUUAGCAGUUAUUAUUCCUUUAUAUACUCAUUACUUUUCAAGAGCAAAUGUUAUUAACAAUGCAUACUUCAUUUUUUAUGGAUAGGUAUUCUAAAGAAGAUUAUGUUCAGAGUAGUCAUACGUUGGUAACAGAUUCAAACAUUGUUAGCUUAAAGCUUUUGUUUCAAAGUGAAUUAAGGUUUUAAACCAGUGUUUGUAUUACUGAUUAUUGACUAAGAUGCUUUCUUUGUUUUAAUUACUUAAUUGGUCUAAUUAUUUGAUUAACUGGACACAUUUAACACUUCUGUUCAGGCCUCAAAAUGUUUCAUAGGUAGUGUACCUUCAAUCAAGUGCAUUUUUAAAACCAUCAACUGUAAAAGACCUUGAAAAAUAUUAAAUAUGUCAAAUUGAACAAAUAAUUAGAUCAAUUAUGUUAAUUGAGAGCUUAAGUUGGAAUGAAAACCAGAAGACCCUGCGGCCAUCGAUGAUGGAGUCUGACACCCCUGGCCUAGGCAGUAAAAAGUGUGAUUUAUGGAACAUCAGUAAAGGCUAAAUGCAAACUAUCGUGCCUUGUGUGCAAUAUUGUAAAAUGUAAAAUGGUGUAAUUUUGUUUUUAUAUUAAUA